CAAGAUACUAGAUAGCCAGGUAAUUUGUUUGGCGGGACUGCAAACCCUCCCCAACGUGUCCAUUUGUCAACCUAAGUAUCAUUCCUGGGGUUGGACAAUCAAUCCCAGCGGUGUUAAUCAUAAGGCAGUGCGCUGAGCAAGGGCAUCUAAACUUACCAGGAAUCUUGGCAAUCUUCGCCUUGAGGCUGCAAGUUGAUAACAAUUGAAUGACUGAGCAAUAAGCUACAGCCUAGUACAGGGUGACCCAGUGGUCACUAUGUGUCACCAGCACUCUGCAUUGUAUCCAUCUAAAAACUGUCUGGGUGUGUAUUAGUUUGCUGCUGUUUGGGGGAACUGAACAAUCCCAUCAAACGUGUAUCAUCUGAGGGCUUCAAUUCCGGAUAUUGAUAUUGACAGAUGUAGCAGUAGUUAGUUUCUCCAGAUCAGGCUCAGCUGCUGUAUCUUGUGCUAGUGCCAGCAUGCAUGAAUCUGGGUAUGUAUCACCGAAUGUUGCCUGAAUGUUGCCUCCGUGUGUGCCUGCAUAGCAGGCUGAAUCUGUGAUAUGGAAGUAGGAAUAGAGUACUAGUAUCUAUGGCCUGGACCUGGACCUGGGUUACUAUGUUACAGUAUGUAGGUAGGUGUACAUGCUGCUACAUUGGCCCCAUUGAUAAUGCUAUCCCCAAAGUGCCUGUAUGCAAAUCUCUGGUGGAAAGUGUUGUCACUUCAGAAUGACAACCUGUGUGCUAAGACUGGGCAGACUGUUCUUCCAUUUGUGGUGGCUCCUUGCUCCAGCACGUUCUAAGUUCUGUUGCCCUAAUUAAUGGCUUUCCUGGACUCCAAUUGUGCUCCUGUUUGGUCUAUAGCACCUGUCUUGUACUGCCGUGAAGUGGCAACUGGCUGGCGGGCUAUUUUGGCUAGUUCAGUGUGAGCUCCUUUGACUUGUACGGGGAGCUCUGUACCUUUCAUGGUAUCAGUGCCAGGAGCAGAGCCCAUGGCUUUGUUGCCACUGUACUUGCUUGCCUCAGGGAGGUGGAUUCAGCUGCACAAGAAUGGUGCUAAUCAUACUACUCACAUGGGGUUGUUCUGUUAGAACCUUCUUCCUUCUAAUAGUAUUCUGUUGAGUGGCAGCAGAGAGGGGGAGACUUGGUUUGAGUGACCACCAUGAAAGCAUAGUUGUGGCCUUGCACCUACUUGGUCCACUGUCAGACUUCUUCACUUGAAUGCCCAGAAGCUCUCCAGUUUUACAGUUUUACCAUUAGCAAUCAGACUUCAAUGUGAUUUGCUGGUCAAAUUUAGUACUCACUUGGCGGUGCUUUUACUUUUAGACACAAAGCUCAGACACGGUCCAAUCCGUCAGUGAGAAUUCUCCUGGGCUCAGCUUGCUUGUCUUUAUAUUACUAGCCUUGGAAAAGCUUUGGCCAGUCAAGCAACUUGCACAGGUAGACUGAGAAGAAGGUUGCCAGUCUUGUAAGCGUAACUAGUUAUUGCUGCUGAGCUGUACACCAUGGCACCGGGUGUGCAAACCGGUUCACACCGCCAUGCCAUGCUACUGGAGAGCAGCAUGCCUAGUUGCAGUUCAUUUGGGCUGCUUUUGGAAUGGCAGAAGUCGGGCAUGCAAUUGGGGUUGGCUGAAGCGGUAUACAACAAUGCGGCCGAGGCAAAAGACGAGCUGUCGUUUCGCAAAGGUGACAUUGUGACGGUCAUCGAAAAGAACUACGGUGCGGACGGCUGGUGGCUAUGUCAGAUCAACAACCGGCAAGGCAUCGUGCCGUAUAAUUAUGUGCGGGAGCUGACCGAGGAAGAGAUCAUAGGCAUGCUACCAGCACCACCAGCAGAGCAAACAACCAGGUCCCAUUACCAGACCCCAUCGGAUCGUAAUUUUCAAGUUGAGUACAAUCGCUUCAAGACCGCAUUGUCACAGGGUGUCGAUCCGCCCGUGCCAGCACCGCAAGAAGAAAUGGUGCAGCCCCAGCCGCAGCUGAACGAUCCUGGUGCAAUGGAUAAUCUAUAUGUUGCGCCAACAUCCAACCGUCUACUUGGUGAUGGCGGCCUUCAUCCUGACCCCAGCUCCUGUGCGACCACUCAUUCAUCCAGUAUCAAGUACAUAGCAGUGGGAGAUGAGGAGGUUGGCCCCAGUAUGACGUUAGUCGCCGGCCAGAAGCUUCUCCAGCGUGUCAACACUGUCCUGGAUUCAAGCACUGCGCAGUGUUCAAGAGCUAUUGGCCCAGACAUCUCUCAGCUGGAAGGUGAGCAGCUUCUUCGGGCGUCCCGGUCGGCUGUCGACGCAGGCCGCGAGGCUCACACACUGCUGAAGGACUUGAUUACACUGUCGUGUGGUGUUCUCCGCGUGGCUCGCCAGCUGCAGAAAGCCGGCCACGCACCGCAUCUCGUGCAACAACUCGUGCGCCCCAUCGUACCUAUCAAGGAUUCUCACGUUGAGCUUGCAGCAGCAGUUGCCGAGCUGGACAAGUGCCCGGAUGUCCUGACUGCACGCCAACUGCUUGCCAAAGUCCAGUCGCUGCUGACUUCUGUACGGGUACACGUCGAUGAGCUGAGAGGAUAUGUCCUGUCCAACGCCGUGCUGCUGUUCCUGCCGGCACAGACGGUAGACAAUCCCGACUAUGAGGAGCUACCCGACCCACAGACUGCGCGUACACCACAGCACUCUCCUCAUCCGUUGAAGUCACGUGACUCACCAGAUGGCAGUGCCAACACUCACCAUCAUCACCACCAUUCCAACAGUGAUCUGCUCGAGAGGCAAGAGCACUCGCCAAGUCUGAUGCAUCACCCACCACAGGACAAUCGACAUGCGUCAGAUCUGGUGGGCCAUGACACGAUAAUUGCGCCAAGCCACAAGCGGAGUGGAAGCAGGGAAAGUGUUGACUCUGACAACAGCCGGGCAUCUCGCCACAGCUCCAGCUCCAGUAACGAUGUUGUUCCAACACUGCGCCGGAAGGCGGACGAUGAUCGGCCAGUGGCACACGUAUUAGCGGGAAUGCAGGUAGCUGUUGGUGACCUGAGUGAUGGUGAGUUAUCUCUACUGGCCUACUACGCCGAGCGCAUGGAAACCCUAAUACCGAGUGUGACCAACGCUGUAGAAGCUUUCUGCCGGGCGAUCGGCGAGAAACAAGUGCCCAAGCAGUUUGUGUGGCAUAGCAAAAUGGUCGUUGUGGGCGCCUACAAGAUGGUGUAUGUGGCGGACACUGUCUUCCAGAAGCUGUCACACUCCGAGCUGCGCAAUCACAUCGUAGCCUGCAGCAAUCGCUUGGUCGAUAGCAUCAAGAACAUUGUGGAGUACACAAAGGUGGCGGCACAGCAGUACCCAUCCAUCGGUGCCAUGCGAGACAUGGUCGAGUCCGUCGCUCACCUACCACCACUAGCUCUAGACCUGGCUGAGUCCAUCAAGGAAGCUGCCAGUCUUCGAUGAUAUAACGUUACGCGGCCCACACUACGCACUGUGCUGCUGGUGAUGGUGGACAGGGAAAUCGUCUGCCACUCGUCUGCACAAUGACGUCAUAGUCCCAACGCACCGUCAUCAUGCUGCUGUGAUAUGUACAAGUACCAAGUGCUACCAUUGCACCGUUGAAACAUAAAUCAUGCUCGUCCGUCUUCCACGACUGAACUAUAUCCUUACUUGAGUUGGCAGGCAGUGCCAGCCUUGAUACAAACAGUUUACAUUAUGGCCUCCGGAUCCGUUCAAUUUUAGCUGGCAAUUCACUCACCGCGAUAACAUACAUACACUUUAUAACAAGCACACACAUGCGACAACUCUCAGCAUGGAAACAAAACCAAUGACACACUAUUAUGGCCCUCAAAUUGAGACUCAGUUUCUGGCAGAUGUAUGCUCUGGCUCUUGUUUUGACCUAAAUCAAUCUUUAUUAAUUAAACUGACCCAACCCUAGUCCGAGUCGCUUUAAGACGGUCAUGGUGAUCUCACUGUCUAUGUUCCACUCAAAGUCAUCAGGUCGUCUGUCACGAUUGCAAAACCCCAAACUAAAGUCGAAUGUUGCUGCUGCUGCUGCUGUUGUUGCUGUACUGUGCUGCUUGGUUGUUGCAAGCGCAUGUUGACUGACUUCUGUGAAGUCUGCUCUCACCUAUGGUCUAUGACUCAGUAUGAGCGCCAAAGUCACGCGGCUGCCGAAUCAUCGAGUCGAUGCCCAGGCUGAACCAAUAUUAUGGGGCUGCGCUCGCAGUAGUUCUAAGCUCUUAGCUGUGAACAGACUCACAGUCCCAUGAUAUCAUCCCAUCAUAGAGACAGAGACCUUGGCAGGUUGUGUGCCGGUCUGUUGAAAGGUCAUGAUCCUGGCCCUGGGAACCAUGAUCAUUGUGAGUAACUCGGAGUGGGUCA